UACUCUUUUUCUCUCCCUCCCAGAAUGCAGCCAGCGAAAACGUUCCUGUGGGCGGCGGUGGUGGUGGCGGUGCUGGUGACGCCACAAACCCAAGCCACCAAGUUUGCCCUUGCCGCCCUGCCCGCCGUGGCCUCCGUCGGGGGCCUCGCUGCCCUGAAGGUUCUUAAGUACGUGGGGCUCUCCAAACUCAAGGAGAAGGUCAGUAACAGCGGCCUCGGCUCCCUCGUUGAUCUCGACGACUCGGGCGAGGACAAUUACUACCGGCAGCAAAUACCCGCCUACGCCCCCCCGCCCCAAUCCUAUUACGCCCCUCAUCCCCUCCCGCUGGCUUCCCCGGGCCCCGCUGCCUUUUACAUCGUUCCAGCCUCCAGCUUCGGUGACUACAGCUACAGAGGCCGCCGGGAUGUGUCGGGGGUGAGCGAGAGCGGGUCUGAGGGAGUGGUGGCCGUGCGCGGGGACAAGCAGUACUUCGAGGUGAUCGGUGGCCUGGACCAGAGCGGAUGCGUGAUGCGGGCCGUGUGUGAGCUGGCCGGCGCCUCCACACACACCCUUACCGAAGACGAGAGGUCCAUCAUGGCGGCCUUCAGCCCCGAGGACAAGCAGGCCGAUCGAGCUCCUACAUCCUGGCGGGGCAAGUACUACCAGGCCGCAUGGGUGGGCAAGACAGCCGAAGACGCCGCCUCCACCUGUGCUAAGGUCUACGGCAGGUGUCCCGUCCCGGCCAAGCAGCUCCUUGAGGCCAUGCAGGUGGAGGAGAAGCAGUAGGAGAAGGAGGACCAGUGAUGUGUUCUUGAAGGGGAGAUGAAAGAUGGAAGGGUAGGGUUGGUGAAGUGUUUUUUAGUGAAGGGGAGAAGAAAAACAAGAAAAAGAAGGAAACGAAAAGAAAAGCAAGAAGAUGAGGAGGAGGCUGAAGAUGAUGAGGAUGAAGAAAAACAAGAAAAAUACAAGAAGAAACAAAAACUUAACAAGAAGAAAAAGGAGGAGCAGGAGGAGAUUCCGAAGAAGAAGAAAGAUGAAAAAGAAGCCGACGAAGAAAAUGUAUCCCAGUGAACUAAUUUUGUAGGUCUUGAAUCUCUGUCUCUGUCUGUCUUAUUGUAGUUUCGGCAACGACACACAGGUGGGUCAUGGCUACCUCCCUGUCUGUGGUUGUCCCGUGAUGUAUGUUUUCCCUCUCUUUAUAUACAUACUCACACAU